UGCAGCAGCCAGAGACACGUUGAAUAUUUCCUACAACAGACAUGUCAGCCUCCAGUGUCUAGAGAGCAGCUCAUAGCUUAGUGAUUUUACAUUACUGGACCUCCACAAUGGUUGUUGCUGACUCCCAGGCCUCCGACACAGGGACCAUCCUUCGUGUCAGAGGGCCGCUGGAGCUCAAAUGUCGGCUGGACAGCACAGAUGCACUGCUCAUGCAAAAAGUAAUCUCGACGACAUUUGAGACACUUCGCUCUCAGGUGAAAUCUGAAUCCUGUGUUCUAACAGUGUGUGACAGUCCUGUUAUUAUUUGGCCAAACAGAGGUGUUCAUGCAACACCUGAAGAAAUAACUCCAAACACUCUGUGUGAAGAGAUACUUCAAUGGAUACAGACAGAUGAACAAGAAAGUGCUGGCAAGAGAUCUGCAAAAAAGAAAAGCAGAAAAAGUCCAGCAGCGAAUGUCAUUAACCUUCGCCUCAUGAUGGAGGUGACAAAGACGGGCCCUCUUUCUGCCCCGAUCCUCAGCAGAACAGUCCAGAAAUCCCUCUUCCUGUCUACAACUCUUCCCAUGGACUGUGUCGUCCGUACCACCUGCAGCGACACAAUCAAAGAGGCUUUUGAGCACCUGUUGGAGGCACUAACUCAUCAGCUGUGUGAGAUGGAGAAAGUGACCCUGCAGCACAUGAAGGGGACCACGCUGCUGGUUCCUGAACCGCUUCACUUCCUUCUUCCAGAGCCAAAAGGACUAGUGACCGCGGUUUACCCAGCAGGAGUGCCUGACAGCCAACUAGAGACACAGCGCAAGGAAUUGCAUCAACAGUUUGAGCUACCAGAUGACUGGCCCUAUUUUAGAAGAGCCAAUGCUUACCACUUUCCCAAUGAGCCCUACAAAGACGGUUACCUCCGAAAUCCUCACCUGGUCCUCACACAUCCCACCCUGGACAAUGGAAAGGUCUACUUGGUCCAGGGGAUCUACAGCUAUCACCACUACAUGCAGGACCAUAUGGAUGACAAUGGCUGGGGCUGUGCUUAUCGCUCCCUCCAGACCAUCUGCUCCUGGUUCCAGCAGCAAGGCUACACAGAGCGGUCUGUGCCCACCCACAAGGAGAUCCAGCAGGCUUUGGUGGAUGUUGGAGACAAACAGGGAUCGUUUGUUGGAUCACGUCAGUGGAUCGGAUCCAUCGAAGUUCAGGCUGUUCUGAACCAGCUGCUUGAAGUAACUUCCAAGAUCAUGUUUGUGAGUCAAGGUUCUGAGUUGGCCUCCAAAGGCAGAGAACUGGCCAACCACUUCCUUACUGAAGGGACUCCUAUUAUGAUCGGAGGGGGAGUUUUAGCUCACACUAUUCUUGGAGUGGCAUGGAGUGAGACCACCGGGCAGAUCCGCUAUCUCAUCCUAGAUCCACAUUACACUGGAGCAGAGGACUUACAGCUUAUCACGGACAAGGGCUGGUGUGGCUGGAAAUCACCAGAUUUUUGGGAUCAAACUGCGUAUUAUAAUCUGUGUCUGCCUCAGAGGCCAAAGACCAUCUGAGCUCUCACAGCCCUUCAGACGGACAUCAUGUGGCAUCGGUAAAUCAUCUGCAAAACUUGGUUGUUUUUGUAUAAAUGUGUCCAACAAUGCAAGUUUGAGUAAUUUCUGUAAUGAUUUUAAAAUCGGUUUUGUCAAGUCCCACAUAGAGAUGGAUGUAAUUUUGUAUUUAAAAGAGACAUUGAUCAUAUCAUAUACUGUACUUUCUGUACUUGCCAUUUAAAAUGACAAAGGCUGGUGAAAUAUGUAUAUUAAAUACACUCAUUUCAUUGAGAAAUACAAUGCAUCAAGGUCAACAGAGUUGAAUCAUUGCUGAAUGUUACCAAAUGAAUCCAUCAUGAGUGAUGUAAAACAAGGUCUUGAAUCUCUUUAACUGCUGGACCUUGUAUACUGGACUUACUAAUAAUUAAACUGUACAUUAUAUUUUA